CAGGCUAUUUGGAAACAGUUACUCUCAAGGCACACCCGUAAGCAUGUCGACAUGCAAAUUGCUCACCCGCCAAUGGCCUCGUUAUCUACGUUGUCCCACGUCGCGUUUACCUGUCACAAGCUUCAACCGCACGGCGUUCCAGACACGACCAACCCUUCGUCGCGCAUACGGUUCUAUUUCCGCUGCGGAGCUUAAAUUCGGACAACCAUUGCACGAGACACAUCCCCAUAUACUUAAUCCAGGUGAACUGACGCCCGGAAUCACUGCGCUCGAGUAUGCCCACCGCCGUUCACGACUCGCAAACCGACUCCCGAAAUAUGCUGUCGCGGUGUUGAGCGCUGCGGAGGUGACAUAUCGUGCGUCCGGUAUCUUCAAUGAAUACCGACAAGACUCCAACUUCUUCUAUCUUACAGGAUUUAACGAGCCCAAUGCACUGGCUAUAAUCGCAAAUGAUGGCUCUGGAGAUAAUCACAUUUUCCACCUCUAUGUACGAGAAAAGGAUCCGAAAGCUGAGCUCUGGGAUGGUGCCCGGUCGGGCGCGCGGGCUGCGAUUGAUGUUUUUAAUGCCGAUGAGACAGGUGAUAUAGAACGCAUUGGGGAUAUACUGCCUCGUAUAUUGUCUGAUGCUACGGAGAUCUAUACGGACAUCCCCGCCCUGAACUCUGGCAGAUCAUCCUUACAUAGGUACCUUUACGGACCCACCGGCACAUCUGAGCAACUGAAGAAGGUCGUGGAUCAUAGUAAGGUCAGGCCAUUACGACACAUCUUGAAUGACAUGAGGGUGUUCAAGAGUGAGGAUGAAGUCGUGCAAAUGCGCCGAGUGGGACAAGCUUCGGGAAGAGCUUUCACUGAAUCCAUGAGACAAACAUUCACUAAGGAGAAGGACUUGACUUCCUUCUUGGAAUACAAUUUCAAAGUGAAGGGCUGCGAUACAAGCGCCUUUGUGCCUGUUGUUGCGGGCGGUUCUAAUGCUUUAAGCAUCCACUACACGAGGAAUGACGAUGUCUUGAGGGACGGAGAUAUGGUAUUAGUCGAUGGGGGUGGAGAAAUGGGCACAUAUGUCUCUGACAUCACAAGGACCUGGCCCGUUAAUGGCGAGUUCUCCGGCCCUCAGCGCGAUUUGUACAAUGCCGUUUUAAGUGUGCAACGCACCUGCGUGUCCCUUUGCAGGGAGAGUGCAAAUGUUUCCUUGGACAAAUUGCACACAAUUGCCGAGAAUGGCCUUCGAGAUCAACUCCAACAGCUUGGUUUUGAUGUAUCAGGAAAUGCAAUGGGCAUCCUGUUCCCUCAUCAUCUGGGUCACUACGUAGGACUGGACGUCCAUGAUUGCCCGGGUUAUUCUCGAGGGUAUAACUUGAAGGCGGGCCAAUGUAUUACUGUCGAGCCCGGUAUCUAUGUCCCGGACAGCGACAGAUGGCCGGAAAAGUUCCGGGGCAUUGGAAUCCGUAUUGAGGACAGCGUGUGCGUCGGGGACGACAGUCCUAUUGUGCUAACCACCGAGGCAGUUAAAGAGGUCGAUGAUAUCGAGGCUCUUCGGGGAUAAAGUAAGGAGCGCACUGGAUUGAUACCCACUGUAUAUUGAAUGUACUAUAAAAUUAACAAGGGACUACUUGCAGUAGGUGGA